AUGAGGUACGGAAGCUAUGGCAGAAGCUAUGGGGGAGGGUUUGGAAGUAGUUAUGGAAGUAGUUAUGGAAGUUAUGGAAGUUCAUCUUAUAAUAAUAGAAGAUCAAGUCAAUAUUAUAGUCCUGUGACCACAAAUACAAAAGGUACUCAAUAUGGUUCAAAUUAUUAUGAUAGAAAUAGGAGAAGUUCUCAAUAUAAUCAAAAUCAACCUCAAUCCAAACAAAAUCAACCUCAGUACAAACAAGAUCAACCUAAAUACCAACAAAAUCAACCUAAAUAUAAUCAAGGCAAUUCCAAUAAUCCACAAUACAACUCAAGAUAUAAAUAUCAAAAAAACAAAACAACUAAUGUUAAUCAAAAUGUAAAUGUGAAUAACCAAGGAAAUAGAGGUUUUGGAAGAAUGGGUGGAUUUAUGAAAUGGCCAUUCAUGAUGAUGUUAUUUAGUAGAAUGGGUAGGCGUCAUCAAGUUGAAGAACAACCACCACCCAUUGUUAAUGUUUAUAAUCCACCACCAGAACAAGCUCAAAAUAUGCAACCAGAACAAAUUCAAGAUAUGCAACACCAAGGACAAGUUAAAAAGAGAACUUUAAUAAGUAAGAAUGCUCAAUAUGAAAAAGAUGUUAGUCCAAUUUCUGAAACAUCAGAACGUCAAGAUUAUGAAACUGAUACAUUUGGAAAAUAUGGGUCUGAUAAUGAUCUUGGUGAAGUUGAUUCACCUUCAUCAUUUCGAGGUAAUCAUUUAGUAUCAAAUUUAUCAAAUGAAGAAGAUGAUAAUAAAUUAUUGAAACCCAAAUCUCAACAAACUAUUGAUAUGCAACAUUUAUUACAACUGACUCCACCUGUUAAUUUUAAUCAACAAUUAAAUAAUGAAUAUCAAUCAUCAUUUCAACCUUAA